ACGGGCGGGCGGGAGGGAACCAAUCGCGCGGAGCGGGGUCGGUUGGGCACCGGUGCUGCGCCCGGGCCGGGGCCGAAGAUGAGGAUAAGGAGGCUGCUGCCCGAGGAGGCGGGGGCCCUCACCCCGGACGGCCGCCCAAGGGUCCUCAAGCUGGGCGAGACUUUUCGGCGGAGGCCGCGCUGCGCCUUCCACACCCUGCGCUAUGACUUCAAGCCGGCAUCCGUCAACACGUCUUCUGAGGGCUACCUGGAAGUGGGCAGAGGGGAAGAAGUAACGAUCGCACUCCCGAACAUUGAGGGGUCAGUCCCGCCCUUCACCGUUUUCAAAGGCUCCAAGAAGCCCUACCCGAGGGACUGCGUCCUCAUCCUUAACCACGACAACGGGGAAUGUCGCCUGGAAAAGCUUAGUGGUAACAUCUCUGUGAAGAAAAUCAGAACCGAAGGGAUCGGCAAGGUUCAGUCUCAGAUCAUUCACUUCCACCAUCACCACCACCACCACCACCAUCCGCAGCAGGAGCAGGGAGUGCACCAUCAGCAACAGCUAAUGCUGCAGCAGGAAAUGCACCAUCUGCAGCAGGAGGAAAUGCCCCACCAGCAGCAAUUACUGCAGCAGCAGGAAAUGUACCAUCAUCAUCAGCUGCUGCAGCAGCAAGAAUUGCACCAUCAGCAGCAGCUGCUUCUGCAGCAGCAAGAAAUGCAGCAGCUGCUUCUGCAGCAACAAGAAAUGCAGAAGCAGCUACUACAGCAGCAGGAAAUCCACAGUAUCUAUGAGGCUCAGUAUGGUGAAAAAAUGUAUUACCACCAGGAGAAGGGGUCUCCAGCAUCUCUCCUGGAUGAUAUCGAAGAUAUCGAAAGAGAGCUGAUAGUGGAGGCGAGCGUGACGGACCAGGGGACCUCGGACAGCUCGUCUUCACCAGACUGCCGGAGCUCAUCACCGUCAGGCUCGAACAAUGAAGACAGUGGUGCCAGCAGCUCUGAGGAUGACGAGGCCCCGCCGCUGCCCUCCGGCCUGGUCCGGUUCCCGCAGCUGCAGCUCCCCCCGUCCCCGCUGCUGUGCCACAGACUCCCGGAUCUGGACCCGGACCCUUACUGGAACCAGUGUGAGGGAGACGGGGGUUCGGCCGCGCCCGUGCUCCGAAGAGAACUGCAGCUGAGUGACUCCACAAGCGACAGCGACUACUGAAACCCCGCCUCCUCCCGCCCCCGUGGCCAGAACCCAAGUGCUGCCCUGCCACAGACAUCCUUAUUGAGCCAUGGAGGGCGAUGGUCCCCGGGGUCUCCCCCUGGGGGCCGUGGAAACCAUGCUUUGACUGAGGCCUCACCCACCCUGGGACUGAGAAUAGUACUGCCGAGACCAGCUCCAGGCUCCAGAGACUGGGGCUGGGUUCUUGGCCAUGUUGCUGGGCUCAUAGUAAAAAUAUGGUUUGUGUUUGUACUA